AUGAUUGAAGGUGAAGACUUACUUCUCUGUCCAACCUGCGGCACACAGUUCGAUACACCCGCAACAGAUCCACCAUCCGGCUACUGCAGGAUCUGUGACGAUCCUAGACAAUACAUACCUGCCAGUGGACAAGCGUGGACGAGUCUGAAAGCCGAAGCGGGAAAGCACGAGACCAAGUGGAAGCAAGAUGAGCAGGAUGAGCGUAUCUGGUCUAUCUGGGCGGAACCUAAGCGAGCACUCCUGCUGCAAACAUCUCACGGCAACAUCCUCUGGGACUGUAUAGCCUACCUCGACCAACCACUAAUCGACUUUGUAAGUCCGCUCAUCAUUGACUAUCAUCAACAUACAUUGCUAACUCAAGCAGNNAUCAACUCCAAAGGCGGCUUAACAGCAAUAGUAAUCUCUCACCCUCAUUUCUAUACUACUCACAUCUCCUGGGCAGCUACCUUUAAUUGUCCCGUCUACGUACACUCUUUGGACCAACAAUGGCUUUGCCGUUCUCCUCUUCCAUCGACAAAGAGAGUCUUGCUGCAAAAGCAGUAUGAAGAGAUUGUGGAAGGUGUUACUGCCAUACAAGUGGGAGGACACUUUGAGGGAAGUAUGGUGCUGCAUUGGGAUAGCCAUUUGUUUAUUGCUGAUACAUUUGUCAAUGUACCUUCCGGUUUCUACCGUAAAGACAGACCAAAAGGCACCACCUCUUUCUCCUUCAUGUGUAUUCCAAAUAUGAUUCCUCUGCCGCCAGACACGAUUUACAACAUGUGGAAAGCAGUCAAGCCAUAUGACUUCACAGCUACACAUGGCCUGUUCACCGGCUGGGACAUCAGAGAUGAGAAUGUCAAGGAAAGCGUACUCGAAAGCAUGAAGAUCCAGGUCAGAACCCAAGGAUUCGCCGAGCAUGCUCUAUUGGAC